AUUAUGUGGAUAAGCCUUUGGAAAAACCUUUAAAGCUGGUACUUAAAGUUGGAGGAAGUGAAGUGACUGAACUUUCUGGGUCCGGGCAUGAUUCUAGUUACUACGAUGACAGAUCAGAUCAUGAGCGAGAACGACAUAAAGAAAAGAAGAAAAAAAAGAAAAAAAAGUCUGAGAAGGAAAAAGAAAAGCAUUUAGAUGAUGAGGAAAGAAGAAAGAGAAAGGAAGAGAAAAAGAGGAAAAGGGAGAAAGAACAGUGUGAUACUGAAGGAGAAACUGAUGACUUUGAUCCUGGGAAAAAAGUGGAGGUUGAACCUCCUCCAGAUCGUCCUGUCAGAGCAUGCAGAACCCAGCCAGCUGAAAGUGAGAGCACGCCGAUCCAGCAGUUACUGGAACACUUCCUCCGCCAGCUUCAAAGGAAAGAUCCUCAUGGGUUUUUUGCUUUUCCAGUCACGGAUGCCAUCGCUCCUGGAUAUUCCAUGAUAAUAAAGCACCCCAUGGAUUUUGGUACAAUGAAGGAAAAAAUUGCAGCAAAUGAAUACAAAUCGGUCACUGAAUUCAAGGCAGAUUUUAAACUGAUGUGUGAUAAUGCAAUGACUUACAACAGACCAGAUACUGUUUACUACAAGCUAGCCAAGAAGAUUCUGCACACGGGCUUUAAGAUGAUGAGCAAAGAACGGCUGUUAGCUUUGAAGCGCAGCAUGUCGUUUAUGCAGGACAUGGAUUUUUCUCAGCAGGCAGCUCUUUUGGGUGAUGAAGACACAGCAGUUGAGGAACCUGUCCCUGAAGUUGUUCCUGUACAAGCAGAGACUACCAAGAAAUCCAAAAAGCAAAAUAAAGAAGUUAUUAGUUGCAUAUUUGAACCUGAGGGAAAUGCGUGCAGCCUGACAGAUAGCACUGCUGAAGAACACGUCCUGGCACUAGUGGAGCAUGCAGCAGAUGAAGCUCGGGAUAGGAUCAAUCGAUAUCUACCCAACAGCAAGAUUGGUUAUCUGAAAAAAAAUGGAGAUGGAACUUUAUUAUUUAGCGUAGUAAAUUCAUCUGAUCCAGAAGCAGAAGAAGAAGAGACUCACCCUGUGGAUCUGAGUUCACUGUCAAGCAAAUUAUUACCUGGCUUCACUACACUGGGCUUCAAAGAUGAACGAAGAAAUAAAGUAACCUUUCUUACAAGUGCUAGUACAGCACCUUCCAUGCAGAACAACUCUAUAUUUCAUGAUCUGAAAUCAGAUGAAAUGGACCUCCUGUACUCGGCAUAUGGCGAUGAAACUGGGAUACAGUGUGCCUUAAGCCUACAAGAAUUUGUGAAGGAUGCUGGAAAUUACAGCAAGAAAAUAGUAGAUGAUCUUCUGGACCAGAUCACUAGUGGAGAUCAUUCCAAAACGAUUUAUCAGCUGAAGCAGAGGCGAAACAUCCCAGUAAAACCACUGGAUGAAGUUAAAGUUCUGCCAGUUCUCAUAAAAGAAGAACACAAGUUGCAUAAUACCUGUCCAGAUUCUUCCAAACAGAUUAUGGUUGGAGAAUCUGCUGGAGACAGUAACACUUCUGACCUGGACUUUCUCUCUAUGAAACCAUAUUCAGAUGUAUCUCUUGAUAUUUCUAUGUUAAGUUCAUUAGGGAAAGUGAAGAAGGAGCUUGAUCAUGAUGAUAACCAUUUACAUCUGGAUGAAACAACUAAGCUGCUGCAGGACCUUCAUGAAGCUCAGGCUGACAGAGUGGGAUCCCGGCCGUCAUCCAAUUUGAGUUCCCUCUCCAAUACCUCUGAAAGAGACCAGCAUCACCUUGGAAGCCCUUCUCAUCUGAGUGUUGGAGAACAGCAAGACAUGGUUCAUGAUCCCUAUGAAUUUCUUCAGUCUCCAGAAACCUCAAAUGCCACUACUAACUAACCUGACAUGAACUAUAUAUAUUUUUUAUUUUACUUGUAUUAUGUUUUUAUAAAGUUUUUGU